UUUUCGACAGCCUUCAGCGAUCUUCUUCAGAGAAAUGGAUCUGCAAGAAUAACAGAAUGCAAAUACGAAGUUAACAUGCUCUUGCUGCAUGUUGAAAUGGUUUAAAGGCAGGACUUUACCGCACGUGUUGGUAUCAAAACCACCGUGUUUCCAUAUUUGUUUUCCUAAACCACCUGCAGAAACAGAACGUGUACCUGUACCUAUCUUUUUCUUGACUAGGUGUCACCUAAGGCAAAGACAGUUCCGACUUUAUAUGACCUGACAUGCUACUUACUGUAGUAAUCUGAUUGGUUGUUUUCUUCCCAGAAAUUUUAGGGCGCGUUUUAGCCGGUACCAGACCUCCUUUUCGCCCUCCUCUCCCUACCAAUGUAGCGAAUGACGAUCUACAACUCGUGAUGAGAAUGUGCUGGCGGGAGAUUCCAGAGGAAAGACCUGAUUUUUGGGAGAUUCGAAAGCUACUGAAGAAACUACAUGGAGGAAAGAAUAACCUCGUGGAUAAAAUAAUCUACAUGCUGGAAGAGCACUCACUCAAUUUGGAAAAACUUGUGGAGAAACGAACGGAACAGUGGAUUGAAGAAAAGAAGAGGACAGAGGAACUGCUUCACAGCAUGCUUCCAAAGAGUGUUGCUGAUCAGUUAAAGAGUGGACGACCGGUGGAAGCUGAAAACUUUGACGAGGUGACGGUUUUCUUCAGUGACAUCGUGGGAUUCACAGCACUCUCAUCAGAAAGUACUCCAUUACAGAUUGUGACUUUGCUGAAUGACCUCUAUACCACGUUUGAUGCUAUACUUCAGGGAUAUGAUGUUUAUAAGGUUGAGACGAUUGGCGACGCAUACAUGGUAGUCUCUGGUCUACCAAUCAGAAACGGGCAUCAACACGCCGAGGAAAUAGCAUGCAUGGCGCUUCAUCUUCUGCAAUCUGUGGAGAAGUUUAAAAUACGGCACCGUCCUGACGAGAAGCUAAAGCUGAGAAUUGGCAUCCAUAGCGGUCCCGUAUGUGCAGGCGUUGUUGGCUUGAAAAUGCCUCGUUACUGUCUGUUUGGUGAUACAGUUAACACUGCUUCAAGAAUGGAAUCUAACGGAGAAGGUUCGUAGAUCAAGAUAUAUGUUUAUCUCUUUCAGCGAUGAGCUAAAAUUUCUCCGAACCAAUCGAUCCAUCUUUAAACAGACUCGUGACGAGAAGGAAAAGUUAUUAACUAGGUGGUAAAGUUUUGAUCUGCCACGAAUUCUAAGAAAUGAUUGUUCAACCAAUGUUAGGGAGAAAAAAUAUUUUAAGCACGUUGCUGUUUGAGAUCCUUUCUUUCCUACCUUUUUGUUAUUUUGUGAAGCACCAUGCGUAUUCCAGUUUUUAUAGCGGCUAUGUUGUAUUUCGCUCCUUACUCGACGAACUAAGUAAAAAGGGUUUUACUUUAGCCACUUCUAAGAAGGCAUAAACAAGCGCCGCAAAAUCAAAGCUCUGUAAUAUACUACUUAUAGGAACACUGCAUUGGCUUGAAAGCAAUUUCUAAAUUAGGGGUGGCGAAUGGUCCUUCAAAAAAACAUGGGUCUCGCAAAAUUUUCGCCGAAUUUCAC